AUGGAGUGUGUGAUACAAUAUCUACAAUUUGUUAAAGAUUCUUUGGCAAAUUUGGAAAAUGUACAAAACAUCCACAUAGUAUUAGGCAACGAAUCAUGUGACAUUGAUUCCAGCGUGUCUGCAGUUCUUAUAGCAAACUAUUAUAAUACCUUCAGACCAGAUUUUAUACCUGCCGAUGCAUUAGUAGUACCUGUACAGAAUGUUUCCAAAGAAGGCUUUCUAUACCGUAAUGACGUUUGCUAUUUGUAUAACGAAAUUGAAUUACCUUUAGAUGUUUUAGUUUAUAGAGACCAGAUAAACUUUGAAGAUCUAGUAAAAACCAAAAAGGUGACUGCCACUCUGGUAGACCAUCAUGUUUUAACAGAAAAAGACAAAAUAUUGGAGGAGGCAGUGAUACAAGUUUUAGAUCACAGACCCAAAGAUCCGCAUUGUUGUUGGGAUUAUUCUAGAGUGAAAGUUAGGAUCGAUAAUGUUGGAUCUUGUUGCACUCUCGUGGCUGAUACGAUAUUUACCGGAGUACCCGUACCCUCAUUACCAAUAAGCGUUCAAGAUUUUCUAAAACUAGAUGGUCUGGAAAAUGGUUAUAAAGCGUUAGAACGUUUUGCAACUGAGUCAAAGGCAGUUUGUGUUGUUUUAAAGGGUGCAAACGCUGAAAACUCAGAAAUAGGGGUUUUCUACACGAAGGAAGGUGAGCAGCUAAAAGAGAAAAUUGUGCACAUGCUUCUAAACAGCAAUCAAUACAAAGGUUAUGAUUUUGAAUUUACUGAACUCAAAACGGAAUUUAAAAAUGUAGUUUUACUGAACCAGGGAAAUCGAGAAUUGACCAGGAAGCAGAUAGUACCAUUGAUAAAAGAUGCUGUGAUAGGUGAAAACUCUGUAUUAGAAUAA